AUGAAUUCUCCACCAUCAUCGCACUCUCCAAUCCCUCCACCUAUCCCUGUGGACACACACCCCAACCGCACCCAGCCUCCUGAGUUAGAUCGCAUCCCAGAUCCGAAUCGCUUGGCGCCCGAAGAUGCCUAUUUUGCACCAUCGCUCGCCAGGGCUCGUUCUGCGCCGGUGAACUACGACGAAAGUCUUCGGUCUUUAAGCAGUGAUGGCACCCUACGACCUCCUCACCCGGACAAUUACACCGAUACCGAGACCUUCUUGGAUCAUCUCCAGCGAAACCCCCGUGUGCGACCGUAUGACUUCUGGCCCCUUGUAUCCGACUCCACGGUCAUCGUGCAACAUGUCUGCUCAGUUGUUAUUUUCGUGUGUUGCUUUGUUGGAAUCGUUCAGGACCGAGUGAGCCCCGUCUCGAUUGUAUGCUGGGGUAGUGUCGGCACAGCCAUGGGGUGGAUUCUUUGGGAUAAUUGGAUCUGGAAGGAACAUACAGAACUGUCACAGGCUGCGAAUGGGGCUAUCGGUGAUGAUGGCUCUAGCUCGAGUUCUAUGACAAGUGCUCUCAAUCCGGUCGAAGGCGAUGGACAGGCGAAUGGCUCGAAGACUAGUCCGAUCCAUGGCCUUGGGCUUGGACUUACAAUGUCGGGAAGUGAGUCAAAAGAGCCAUCUCCGCGACGGAACAAUGAGAUAAACGGAACGUUCGAUGGAUCGGAGGCGACUUCGGGCCUUGGAGAAUCUUUAUCUUCAGCUCCUCACAGUGUAGAUGAAGAGGAUUCGGAUAGCCGCUCGCUUUUCUCCUCGCGCAAUCGUCAACGCCUUUCCACUGUGAAGUCUGCCUUCUUGAUUUACUUCUCUUUGCUGGGACUUAGUCCCAUCUUGAAGUCCCUUACUAAGUCCACAGCCAGUGACUCUAUUUGGGCACUAAGUUGCUGGCUUUUAAUUAUGAAUAUCUUUUCUUUUGACUACGGGAGCGGCGAGGGCGCAGGCGCCACCACGAAGUUUCCAGCAUCAUUAUCUACAAAUGCAGCUGUGAUGGCAUCUACCGUGCUUGCCUCUCGCCUACCCUCAACUACUCACGUGUUCAGCCUGAUGCUCUUCUCAAUGGAAGUCUUUGGCUUGUUCCCCAUAUUCCGUCGCCAACUCAGACAGAAGUCAUGGACAGGCCAUGUGAUGCUGACACUUUCCUUGGUCUUCAUUGCUGGGGGUGCUGUUGGCAUGACCCUGAGUGGGGGAUGGGCAUCUGCCAUAAUUGGCUCUGUCCUAGGCAGUAUUCUGACUGCAUUCGCAAUGGGCGGGUGUAGUUGGUGGCUCAUCAGCCUACAGAAGUACAAAAAUGUGGUCAUCGGACCAUGGGAUCCAGCUAGGCCUAUCAUCCGACGACACUGGAAUUAA